CUACAGCAACAUUGCACAGUUGUUGCAAAUGCACAACAACAAUGAAAUGCAUGUUCAAUGCAGGAGCAAACGACAACAACUACAACAUCAACAACAACAACAAGCUGUGCAGGCCUGCCUGUCAGCUGCAGAAGGGGCAGGAGCAUCGGCAACAAGUGGACCGCAGUCAUGUAACUGGCACCGUAGGACGAUUGCAUUUGGCAUGGCUGCUUCUACUGUUGUUGCUGCUAUUGCUGACGCCAGUUGAACAUGCAAAUGCGACAACAGCAACAGCAUCGGCCACAACAACAGCAACAGCAACACUCGCAACAGCAGCAGCAGCAGCAACAACAAGUCUAACAGCAACAUUGAAUACUUCAACAGCAGCCUCAUCGUCAAUUGCUCCCGCCCAUGCGCCCAGUAAUGGAUCUGGAGGUGGGACUGGGACUGGGACUGGCACUGGCCAGGCAGCCAUUACAUUCGGCAUUCCAUUUAAAAACAUUGUGCGCAUCGGUGAUGGCAACAUAGUCACUAGGUCCGCCAUCGAACAAUCGCUGGUCACGAUACACGACAUUGCCACAGAAAAUUUGGGCACGCUGUGCAUAUCGACGCUAUAUCGGCCGCUUCAAGUGCCCAUUAACUCGGAACGCUAUGAGAGUUCCAGACAAAAGGCUGAUUUGGCAGCAUCGAUACUGCAAGAAGUUGGCAUAAUACGGCAUGGCGGACUGUCGGAUGCUUUGGCCAAGGGCUUGCUCACGGAUGAAUACAUAACGGGUGCACGCAUUUUGGCUUUGAACCUCACAAAUGGGGCUGUGCAGUCGUAUGUUUGGUGGGUGAAAAGCAACCAUGAAAAGAUUGGCGAAACGCAGCGCUACGAGGAGGAGGGACUGCAAAUUGGAAAGAAGCCGGCGCACAGCUAUCCGUGGUUCGACGAUGAAACCAGCACCCCAACACUACGUUCACCGAAAUUCGCGCCGAGCCCACCGAACAAUUACUAUAAAGGCUGGUGGACCUAUCCCUAUUUCUCCUGCUCCCUGAGCAGCUGGCUGGUCUCGUACAGCAUCGCCAUACCGCCGACUGGACGCCACGGACUGCGGGGCUUCAUUAGCAUUGACAUUGAUGUAACGUCCCUGCGUGUGAAUCAAUGCGAGGCGGCGCCCUAUCGCUUCGGCAGCCCACAGCAGAAGCACAAACAGCAGACAGCGGCUCGACGGCUAUAUGUGGGCGCCAGUAUCGGAAGCAGUGCGGCCCUUAUUAUCGGGAAUGAUGUGGAGACCAUCAACGACUUGCAGGCCUUCCACAGCUCACACAAAUGCCAUCGCAACUCCAUGGUGUGCGAUUACCGUCAACCCAGCAGCGAGUCUCCCACCAUAACGGGCAGCAAAAUACUGGCUGCCACACCCAAUACCUGGUCACGGGGCGCCUAUCAGUGCCUGUGCAAGCGUGGCUUCUACUCGCUGCGGCAUCCGGACGGCUUCAAUGGCACCAUCAUGGAGAUUGCCUGGCAAGAGCAUCAGGACAAUAUAAGCAAUUACUAUACAGAUGUAUUCAAGUGCUUGCAAUGUGCGCCCGGCUGUGACUAUUGCACGGGUCCAGAGCCCUGUCUGGCCGAGUACCAUUGGCCAUUUAGGAUAUCCCUAUUGACAAUAUCAAUUGGCUGUGCCUGUGGCACCUUUCUGAUGGCCGGCUAUCUAUUUCGUCAUCGUCGUGUGAAGGUCUUCAAGGUGGCCAGUCCAAUAUUUUUGUUGAUCACGUUGAUUGGUUGUGCCAUUAUGUAUCUGGAGAUGGUCGCCAUAUUUCCCUACUUGGACACCACCUGGUGCAUUGCAACCAAAUGGACGCGUCACAUGGGCUUCUGCAUCACCUACACAUCGUUGCUGAUGAAAACAUGGCGCGUUUCCUUGACGUAUCGCGUCAAGUCCGCACAUAAAGUCAAAUUAACCGAUCAGCAGCUGCUCCAAUGGAUGGUGCCGAUUCUAUUGGUAAUGCUCAUCUAUUUGGGCACCUGGACCAUUUCGGCCACACCCUUUGCACAGGUGAUCUAUGAUCAGAAUGGCUUAAAGUUUAAGCAGUGCUCCUAUAAUUGGUGGGAUCACAGCCUGGCCAUUGGAGAGGUCCUGUUCUUGGCCUGGGGUAUACGCGUCUGCUACAAUGUGCGCAAUGCGGAGAGUUUGUACAAUGAGGCGCGCCUGAUUUCGUAUGCCAUCUACAAUAUUGCCAUUGUAAACAUUGCCAUGGUGGCGUUCCACGUCAUGCUCUUUCCGAACGCCGGACCCGAUUAUAAAUACAUGUUGGGUUUCGUGCGCACCCAACUCUCGACGACCACAACCAUUGCGUUGGUCUUUGGUCCGAAAAUUGCUCGCGUUUUUAAGGGUCAGGGGGACAAAUGGGAUCAGAAGGCCAAAGUGCGCAGCAUAACCGCCUCCUUUUCGCUAAAUGGUGUGGGCCUGGUGCCCGAGGAGUCGCCGGACUUGUAUCAGGAGAAUGAGGAGCUGAAGGAACAAAUCCAAAAGCUGGCGCAUCAAAUUGAAUUUAUGAAGACUGUGCACAUGCAGAUGAAUAAUCGUCAUUUGAAACCGAAGCCGGGCGGCUAUUUCACCAUAACGUCGACCUCAUUUCAAGCGCCCUACAGCAAGAAUCAAGUUUCCACGGCGCAAACGCAAACGGGCAAAGAGGAGGCGGGCGGCUUGACCGGCAACGCGACGCCCUCGAAAUGCAAGUCGCCGAAGGGUAAGGUCUGACGCGGUCAACGAAGUGUUAAAGAUUGCUCAAUAGAAGUUGUUGAUGUGAACGAAGACGCAGUUGUGGACGAGGAGGUGGAUUUUUAUUUAAGACAAGCACAGCAGGAGCCGCAGGAUCAAACAGAGAACUACGACGAGGCGGCCCUAUUGCGUCAAUUCCGACGCUUUUUUGCGCCCAUUCUCAACGAUAGUCUAGAGCUGUAUUAUGCGCUGAAUGAUCAGCAGGAGGAGGACGUGGAACACAUACGCAUUCACCAAACGGUCGCUGAACUGCACGAACUAACCAGCUCGGAGGAGGACACCGUUGUGACCAUAGUCGGCACAAUAUCGCCGCCAACACCACCGAUCGCUACCACCAUCACCAUCACCACCACCACCACCAGCGAUGUGCCACCCUCCACGCCCAGCUCGGCGACAUCGAGCAGCUCGCUCUAUGCCAUAUUCACGCCCUCCCCCCAGCCGGCCCACGACCAUGGUGGACUCCUGUUGCUGCCGCAGCGACUGGAGUCCCCGCUGAGUGACAGCGAGCCGAGAACUUUGACGGAAUAUGUGCAAUGCCACGGCAUCCCGGGCAACAACAAUGGCGAGGAUGUGGACGAGCCGAUCAGCGGCAAUAACAACAACACCUCCUGCUCGCUGUCCUCCACACUCACGGACAGCAAAACCUUGGAUGCUCGCACUCCAAUCGUCGUCUGA